CGUGCCCGGUGCAUUGUGGGACAUGGUGGGCUCCAGUCAGGAGGCGGUGUAGAUCGCCACCGGAGAAAUUUCGGCCUUUUCUUAUUCCUCACACCGAACCGCGGUCCUCCUUCCACCCCCGUGCCCGACUACCCCUUCCUGCGCGCCCCCGGACACCGAGCCUGUGUCUGCUAUGGAGGGGGAGCGCGCACCCUCCUCCCCGCGGGACCGCGCUCCGCCUCCAAACUCCAAGAUGGCGGAGGCUGGAGAGGAGGCUCCGGCUUCCCCGGUGCUCGGUCCUGCGGGGCCCGGGAAAGCGGGAUCGUUUCCGGACUACGCCGUCCUCUGCUCCUUCAUGGAGAGGUACGGAGCCGCCCUGGACCUGCCCGAGAUCACCUUCCCCGAGCUGGAGGAGGCCCUGGAGGAGACCAAAGCAGUGUCCAGAGUCCUGGUGGAACUUCAUCUGAAAUUGAUGCGGAAGAUCGGGAAAUCCGUCACUUUUGACAGAUGGGAGAAAUAUCUGAUCAAGAUCUGUCAGGACUAUAACAGUACCUGGGCCUGGGAGAUGGAGAAGAAAGGAUACCUGGAGAUGAGUGUGGAGUGUAAAGUGGGUCUGCUGAAGCACUUAUGUGAGUGUCAGUUUGACGACAAUCUGAAGUUUAAGAAUGCCAUUAAUGAAGAGGAUGCCGAUUUAAUGCGCAUCCAACCAAUCGGAAAAGAUAAAGACGGCUUAAUGUACUGGUACCAGCUGGAUCAGGACCACAAUGUCCGAAUUUACAUCGAAGAACAGGAUGACCAAGACGGAUCUACGUGGAAAUGCAUAGUCAGGACCAGGAAUGAGCUGGCAGAAACUUUGGAACUUUUAAAAGCACAAAUAGACCCAGCUUUACUGAAGAAAUCUGAGCCACAGGAUAGUUCAUCUCAAGAAUGCCCAAAUCCAGAGGACGAGGAACUGAAAAAAGAAGAGAGCGGAGAGAAGUUGGAAGAGGACACAAAAGAAGGAAUCAAAGAGAAGCUAGACGCAGCAGAUGAUACCACAAGCUCUUGUCCAACAGAAAAUGGUAACACUUGUAAGCCUGGUGAUAAGGAACCCCUAAAAACAAUCAGUGAAAUAAAAACAGAACCACCUGAUAUGGAGGAGGGUCAAAAGGCUACCAAAGAAGAAAGCGACUCCUUCAAGGAGAACGUAAAGCCUGUGAAGGUUGAUCUAAAAAAUAAGGCAGAACCUAAAGACUUGAAGGAAUUAAAAGGGACUGCCGAAAAGAUCCCUCCGACACAGGAGCCCGAGCACUCAGAAAUAUCCGUUAUUGUCAAGCGCACUGAAGAUCAUGUUGAAAAAUCCGUUGAGGAUUCUGAGAAAAUGAAGAACGACCAACAGGCCAAGAUCCCCUUGAAAAAACGUGAACUCAAGCUCACUGACGACUUUGACGGACCAGUUAAAACGUCGCUGUGCAAGUCCAAGACCCCUACAAAAGAGCUACUUCAGAAGGAGGAAGAGAAACUCGAUGACGAUGGCACAAAGACGUCUGCUGCUCCUGCAACGGUUUCUGAAGGGAAGCAGUUGGUGAACGGGGAAAUUAACGGGGACAAAUCACACAAAGCGAAGGUGGAGAACAGUAACGCCACCCCAAGAGAAUCCAUCAUCAGCACAACAAAGGAAGAGAAUGGUGUAGUCGAGAAGAGAACUUCCAGUGUCAUCAAAAGUUUGCAUGAACUUAAAGAAAACAGCAGACCUAGAAUCCCUGAGAAUUUGGAAAAAAGCGCAAAAGACCUCAACAAAGACAUUAUUAUUCCUUCAUCGGAGGAAACUUCUCCAAAGACCUCCUCAAAAGAAGAUGCAUCUGUGUCUGAAACGCACAAAGCCAAGGUGGACUCCAAAGGAGAAGAGAAAAAAGAAUUGCUGUCUUCUGUUGAGAAGGAAAAGACAGCCAAGACUAAGAAAGACUGCAAAAUUGACACCAAUGAUUCAGAGUCUGUAAAGGAGACUGAGAUCCCGAAGAAACCUGCCAUAGUAGCCACUUCAGACAUCCCAGAUGAUGAGAAAUUAUCCGAGGCCGAGAAAACUGAGCUGUGUGCAUCUGAAGACAAGAAACCGUGCGACUCUGAAAAACCAGAUGCAGAAGAUAUUAUUGAGGAGCCUAAAUCCAAGACAAGAGAUACAAGAAAGAAAGCAAGCGGAACUGCAAAAUCAAAACUGGCCGCAUCCAGAAGAGCAUCUGCCGCGGCAAAGAAUUCUAUGUUGAGCAAAGAGAAGUCCACAGAAAGUAACAAAGAAGAUGAGGGAAAAUGUGAGCCGGUGUCUUCUGAUAAAGCUGAGGAAAAGGCGAAACAAGAAGAGGAAAAGGCGAAACAAGAAGAGGCAAAGGCGAAACAAGAAGAGGCAAAGGCGAAACAAGAAGAGGCAAAGGCGAAACAAGAAGAGGCAAAGGCGAAACAAGAAGAAGCAAAGGCGAAACAAGAAGAAGCAAAGGCGAAACAAGAAGAAGCAAAGGCGAAACGAGUAAGGAAGCCUCCCGAAACGGAAAAGAAAACAUUCAGCUUAAGGAGCACACGGAGGGAAAAACCAGCUGCAAAGGAAAUCGAUCACUCCAAUGAAACUUCCGAGUCUAAAGAGCCGGAGGUAAAAAAGGACGGUAAGGACAAAAUGUCAGAAAAGCCCAGUUUAGUUUCCAGAAAUAAACAUAGGCUAGAGCCCUUGGCAGAGGAGGACAACAGUGGAUCGGAGAGCAAAGAGAUGACAUCCGAGAGGCAAAAAGAUGGCCUCAAAUUGACAAUCCGCAUCUCCAACAAGAAGAGGAGGUCGGAACUGCCUGUGGAGCUGGCCGCAGAUGAAGCAGAGGAUGCUGAGAACGAGGACUGUAUUGGGAGGAGGCUGAGACGAUCUCCCAGGAUCUCAAGACCCGCCACAAAGACAGAGGUCAAAGAACGCAAGCCUGAGAAAAAGCAAAGCGAUGAUGAGGAGGCGAAGCCUGCACCUGCAAAACCAGCCCGCGAGGAGAAGAAAGUCGAGAAGGAGCCGAGCCAGAAAGUAAAACAGAAGCCAAAACAAAAACGAAGGGCACGGUGGACCAACACAAGAUCACGGCGCAAACUUAAAUCCUCCAGUGAGGACGAGUCUGAGGAGUCGGACAGCGAGGAAGAGUCGGAGGAGGACUCGGAAAAUGAGGGAAAAAAAGAGGCGGUUCCUGGGGAAGACGAAGAACCCUGCAAGAAGUGUGGACUUCCCAACCACCCUGAGCUGAUUUUGUUGUGCGAUUCGUGUGAUAGCGGUUACCAUACGGCGUGUCUCCGCCCACCGCUCAUGUUGAUCCCGGAUGGAGAAUGGUAUUGUCCUCCUUGCCAACAUAAAUUACUGUGUGAAAAACUGGAUGAGCAAUUACAGAAUUUAGACGUGGUACUAAAGAAGAAAGAACGGGCAGAGAGAAGGAAGGAGCGUUUGGUUUACGUUGGAAUCAGUAUUGAAAACAUCAUUCCUACACAAGAUACAGAAGAGGUCCCAGAAAUUAUAGAAAAAGAAGAAAAAAAGAAGAAAAAGUCUAAACCAUUGGAAAGGCGGUCAACAAGGACCAGGAAAUUCAUCAGUUACAGGUUUGAUGAAUUUGAUGAGGCGAUCGAUGAAGCAAUAGAAGAGGACAUCAGGGAUGCUGAUGGAGGAGGAGGUGGAGGUGGCCAUGGAAAAGACAUGUCUAAUAUCAUCGGUCAUCGCGGCAAAGACAUAUCCACCAUUUUGGCGAGUGAAAGGACGGAAAAGACAGAAGGAACAGAAGUAACAGAAGGGACAGAAGUAACAGAAGGGACAGAAGGAACAGAAGGGACCGAAGCAAAACGGCCGCAAAGAGUUGUCGCACGUCGCAAGAAACGUCGGCGACUUAACGAUCUGGACAGUGACAGCAACCUUGAUGAAGACGAGAGUGAAGAUGAAUUCCGGAUCAGUGAAGGUUCCCAGGAAGAUUUUGUCGUCUCUGAGGAAAACGUAGAAAGCGAUGAGGACCAGCAGUCCAAUGACAGCGACUUCGGCACAAGGCGGCCUCGGAGGCACUACCAGCGGCCAGUGAGGAAAAGCACGCGGCUGAGGAAGCGUGUAAGAAGGUAUUCGGAUGAUGACGACGACGAUGAUGAUGACGACUCUGAUGAGGAGCGCCGGGAGUCAGAGACUGACAACAGCAGUGCUUACAGUGAUGACUACCUGGAAACCAGGAGGAGGCGAUCACGGAGAAAUCAGAAGAGGCAAGUCAACUACAGAGAAGAAUCCGAGAGCGAUGGAUCACAGAGAAGAGCUCGCCUUGCACGAGGGAAGGAGAUGGGACGAGGGAAGGAGAUGAGACGAGUACUUAAACGUCGAUUCUCCAGCUCUGAAAGCAACGCAAGCGCCAAGUCUGGAGAUUCCGAAGAUGAAAAACCUAGAGGUCUCAAAAAGAACUUGCUGAGAAAACGCAUCCGAAGUUCAAACGACGAGCUGUCGGAGGAAGAGACCGAGAAACCUAUCCGAAAGCGUCUGAACCGCAUCGAGACGGACGACGAGGACGAAGAAGCCGACGUAAAGCCCGUGGACAGCAGCGACAAGCCUCCCGAGGAGGAAAAGCCACCUGCCACGAGCACCGUCCCGGAAAACACUAAGAAGCCUUGUUAUCGGCUAGAGAGCGACGAGGACGAGGACUUUGAAAAUGUUUCGAAAGACGGGAGCCCUCUGGACUACAGCUUGGUGGAUUUGCCUUCCGCUAAUGGACAAAGCCCUGGCAAAACUAUCGAAACUUUAAUCGGUAAACCAAGCGAAAAGAGUCAGACUUCUUCUAAGGAGGCUACGGCCGCCGCCGUUAGCCAGGCUCCCAACGGGACUGGGGGCGGGCCGGAGGCGGCCGUUCCGGAGGAGGACGAGGAUGAACUCUUGAGAGUAACUGACCUUGUGGAUUAUGUCUGUAAUAGCGAACAGUUAUAAAAGAAACACAAAAAAAAAAAAAAAGUCCACCUCUUCCAUAUAUUUUGUGCUAAUUUAUUCCACAGUAGCUCAUACCAGCGGGCCAGUUAUAUGAAAUGCGGUUUUAUUCUCGGGAAAAAAUUAAACCCACUUCACUUUGGAUUUUAUCUUUUUCUAGAAGCGAACGUUUGACCAGUCCUGCAGUCUUUCUGUGAAGUGACAACGUUUUUGAACUCUCAAAUAAUAUCUGUACAUUUUUAAAGAAAAAAAAAAAAAAAGAAAGAAAAAAAGAAAUCAUGUCUCUCAUUUUGCAUUUGUGGUCAUGGGGUAAUUUCACUGACUGAAACCAUGUUCAUUAAUAUGAGAAUCAACGACAAACUAUUCGGGAAGGUUCUUCGGGAAGUUUGUGAAUAGGGGUGGGGCCGGUGCAAAAUGCAUUCCAGAUAUUCCCCAAAAAGAAAUGAUUUUUUGUUUUUAGGGAGCUGAAUCCAAGCAGAAUACAAAUGGGAGAAGGGAGGGAAGAAGCACUUGAUGCUUUUAGCCUUUUUUUUUUUUCAUAUGAGAUAUAUAUUCUAUUUAAAUACUCAGUACUUAGGUUACGAUAAACAGGCAGUUAUAAAUAAAAUUUACCAACUACUUUA